CAGCGACAUGGGAUGCUUGAAAAAAAGCGAAAGAAGAUGAUGGAGGAAUUCGAAAAGCAAAAGGAGCAGAUUUCGAAGGUAGGCAUGCGUAACAUUAGAAAAACGCAAACUCAGAGGAUUAUUUCUCCAAAGUGACAUGACCGCUAAAAUGGACACCCAACCACAGGACAAUCAAGUUCGCAUAGGAUCCGACAAGUUUGCGGCUGCUGUUACCGAUAUCGAUUCAAAAUUGAAGACAAGUACUGUCGGUUUGUUCGAACUGAACGAUUUUCGUAGAAUCAAAGAGGAUAUUGAGGAACAACAACGUCAGGAGGCUGCCAGGACGGCAACAGUAGGGUAAGGAGGUCAUGUCCGAUGAUA